AUGGAUCCCAACAAUAACCGCCCCCACCUGAACUUCGGCUACAAUGAACGUGCCUUCAAUCCGGCGGCUGCAAACAAUCGCGCGUACCCGACCACCCCGUCUGCGUUUCCUCAGCCGAUCUAUCAGAGCCAAAGUCCUCAGGACUAUAUGGAUGCUCAGAAUGGUGUCUAUGGCCAGGGAUAUUUUAUGCCAAACCACUACGCUCCGCCACAGGCUGCUUACGCCCAGCCUCAUUACGGCCAGCCCAACCUGCAGUCCCCUCAGCCCGCUUAUCAGUCUCGAAUGGCCUACGGCGUCAACCCAAACGACGGAACAAAUGGCUUGAUUCAGCAGUUCUCUAACCAGGACCUCAACUCCAACCGAACGGGCUUCUUUAAUCGCGCCGCCUCGCCUGCCCAGAGACCCCGUACCGCUGGUAAUACGGCUCCCGGGCAACAGCAGCAACCCGGACACUUGGCUCCUCCUGUACCUCGCAGCCCUCGAGCUCCCGCGGAGAAUGAAGAGCUUCAACGCUACCCGGAGCGCUUCUCUGAAAACAUUCACAAGCGUGGAAAGGCCGCAAAGGAGUUGGUCAAUGUAUUCUUCCACGAGAAUAUCGAGCGUGCGCGCGAUCGCAACAUGCGUUCGGCGGAGCUUGACAAGAUGAUUCGCGAACCGACUGUCGCUCAGGAUGCAAUUCUCAAGGACGCAGAAAUGGUUGGGAGAAAAGAGUCAACGUUCCUGCGAUUCCUUCGGACCAGGGAGGCUCCUUCUAACUUCCAGACCAUCAAGGUUAUCGGAAAAGGUGCCUUUGGUGAGGUCAAGCUUGUGCAGAGGAAAACCGACGGCAAGAUCUAUGCGCUCAAGUCGCUUAUCAAAACGGAGAUGUUUAAGAAGGAUCAGUUGGCGCACGUUCGUGCCGAGCGUGACAUUUUGGCCGAUUCGAAGGAUAACCCUUGGCUCGUCAAGCUCCAUGCUUCCUUCCAAGACACUGCAUACUUGUACCUCCUUAUGGAGUUCUUACCGGGUGGUGAUUUGAUGACCAUGCUCAUCAAGUAUGAAAUCUUCUCCGAAGACAUCACUCGUUUCUACAUGGCCGAAAUUGUGAUGGCGAUUGAGGCAGUUCACAAGUUGGGCUUCCUUCACCGUGAUAUUAAACCUGAUAACAUUCUUCUCGAUCGCGGCGGCCACGUCAAGUUGACUGACUUCGGUCUCUCCACUGGAGGCAAGAAGACUCAUGACAACUCUUACUACCAAAACCUAUUGAAGAACUCAACGUCAAAGGACAAGAACCGAAACUCAGGAUAUUUCAACGACGCGAUCAAUCUGACAGUAUCAAACCGUGGGCAAAUUAAUACUUGGAGGAAGUCUCGCCGAGCCAUGGCGUACUCCACUGUCGGAACUCCUGACUACAUCGCUCCUGAAAUCUUCAACGGCCAAGGUUACACCUACCUUUGCGAUUGGUGGUCCGUCGGCGCCAUUAUGUUCGAAUGUCUCGUAGGCUGGCCUCCAUUCUGCGCCGAGGAUACGACAGAUACCUACCGCAAGAUUGUAAACUGGAGAGAUUGCCUUUAUUUCCCGGAAGAAUUGACAUUGUCCCGUGAAUCUGAGGGUCUGAUUCGAAGCUUCCUAUGCGAUGCGGAACACCGCGUUGGUAACGAAGGUGGCCAGUACGGAGGUGCCAGCCAGAUUAAGAACCACCCAUUCUUCCGUGGAGUAGUAUGGGAACAGCUGCGCAAGAUCCGCGCACCAUUUGAACCACGACUAAGCUCGAAUAUCGAUGUGUCAUAUUUCCCGAUUGACGAAAUUCCUCAAGAGGAUACCAGCGCCAUUCACCGCGCUCAGGCACGUGCCAUGCCAGACGAACAAGAGGCCGAAAUGAGUCUGCCUUUCAUCGGUUAUACGUACAAAGCGUUCAACGCCUUCCAGGCAAGUUGA